UGAUAUCAGCUAGCUGGCCUGAGCUCAUUGCUUUUUUAAAGUUUCAAGUGAGAAUCAUCUUUUAAAGGUUAUUAGAAUAAAUUGUUGGUUGGGAUUUCACGAUAUUAGGUUGGCUAUUAAGCAAGACGGCACCAAAUCAUGUAUCUGAUUGGCGUUACCGGCGGUAUCGCGUCUGGCAAGAGCACCGUCUCAAACUUCUUCAAGGAGCUGGGAUGUCCCAUCAUCGAUGCGGAUGUGAUCGCUCGAGAAGUGGUUGAGCCCAACAAACCUUCCUGGAAGCUGAUUGUUAAACACUUUGGCAGUGGCAUACUGCAGGAAGACGGUACCAUUGACAGGCCUAAAUUAGGGGGAAUCAUCUUUGGCGACGCUGAGAAGAGGCGACUUUUGAAUUCCUGCACUCAUCCCUUCAUCCAGAAGGAAAUGAUGUGGAGGGUUUUCAAGUACUUCCUCAAAGGUUAUCCGUACGUCAUCAUGGACAUUCCUCUGCUACUGGAAGGCAGUGCCCUGCGGAAGUUCCUGCGGAAGGUUAUAGUGGUUUACUGCGAUGAGGAAACCCAGCUGCACAGACUCACGACUCGCAACCUGAGCCGAGAGGACGCCCUCGCCAGGAUCAACUCCCAGAUGCCGCUACGCGAGAAACGCAAGCUCGCGGAUUACGUAAUCGACAACUGCGGCAGUGUCGCGGACACCAAGUUGGCAGUGGACUACUUGAACAGACAAUUCCAGACGUCGUAUGCUCAUUGGAAGAUCAGAGUAGCGUUAAUUUUUGGAGGCACUGGACUCGGUCUUGCAGUCUACGGACUUAUAAGGAUACUUUUAUGAUUGUAUAAAAUGUUCUAUUUUUGUUUUCAAAGUAACUUAAUAUUUUUUGGACCAAAAAGAUGCCAGUAAUACUUGCAUCUUGCGCAAACUUUGCUUAAGAUGUGGGGUCCACCGAACAUUCCACUGGAAAAAUUCAUGUUAAAUAGCAGACCAUAAUUUUUUUUAAUUAUGUAGAAGAAAUUCAUUAAUGAGCUGAAGGUGCAAUUAAAUUGUCAAUGAAAGAUGACGGUAUGGUGUGUAGGUCUUUAUUUUUCCAUGGUCUGAGCUGGCUGCUAUCGUCCUCUGGGUUCCGAUCUGUCCAGACUAGAUUUUCUUGAAUAGGUUUUAAAUUUGUUCCGUUUAGUUUACAGUAAGCUAAAAUGCAACACAAAUAUAAUUAGAUUUUGAAAACACAACUUUCAACUUUUAUUCCUUUUUUUUUUCAACAAGAGAAACAAUGUGACGAAACCAUUUUUUUUUACAAGUUCAAUGUUAGUUCGCUAUUACUAAUGUCAAAAUAACAAUUGCUUGGAUUUUAUUUGAUUAUCAAAAUUAUUGGACCAAAAGAUCAAUAAUUCCACCCCACCCAAUAAAAACAAACAUACAAAUCGAAACCAAAAGAAUUCUGGCCUUCAACAUCAGUACAUGUAGUUUUACUUUUCCCCAACCUGUAAGAAACU